GGUCCCUCUCAUAAAGGUCGCAACUUUAGAAAGAGCAAGAAGGACCUGCGACACCCAUCCGAGCCAUCCGAACCAUAUUUUUUUCAGUGGUGGGGUGAGCCAGCGACGCCAAUCCUCGAGCACGUACAAUGCGAGGCGCGUGGGUGACGAAUUGGCCGUCGCUACGAAGCAAGUCCCUCCGCUCAUCAUCUUCUUCAUCGUCUCCUUCUUCGUCUUCUUCGUUGUCUUGGAAUUUGAAGCUGCUUGGCCCGAUCCUCCCCGACGUUUGGAUGAUGCCCCGCCCCAACUCCAACGCCUUCCGUUCCCAGUCUUCGGCAGCUAAUGGGAAAACUGCUAAUGUAAUAAAUGGGAACUCCAUUGCAAGAGCUAUUAGAUCAGGAGUAGCCAAUGAAAUUUGCAGAAUGAAGGAAACCAUUGUAAAAUCCCCAGGAUUGGCCAUUGUGUUGGUUGGUGGAAGAAGGGAUUCACGAACUUUUAUUCGUGUCAAGUUAAAAGCUUGUGAAGAGGUUGGGAUAACGACCUAUGUAGAGGAGUUACCUGAAGAAUGUACAGAAGAUGAAGUUCUGCGCGUUGUUUCCAGAUUAAAUAACAACCCAUCAGUUAAUGGUAUUAUUGUGCAACUCCCUUUACCACAACAUGUGGACGAGGAAAGAAUCAUCAAUUUUGUCAGCCCAGAGAAAGACGUGGAUGGCUUCCAUCCCCUCAAUAUGGGAAAUCUUGCCAUGAAAGGAAGGGAGCCACUUUUUAUUCCUUGUGCUCCUAAGAGUUGUAUAGAGUUGUUGUUGAGGUCUGGUGUGGAAAUCAUGGGAAAGAGAGCUGUGGUAGUCGGGAGAAGCAAGAUUUUUGGGUUGCCCACUUCUUUGCUGUUGCAGAGGCACCAUGCAACGGUCAGCACAGUACAUUCUUUCACCAAAGAUCCAGAACACAUUACAAGUGAAGCCGACAUUGUGAUUGCUGAUGUGGGGAUACCCAAUUUAAUCCGUGGCAGUUGGCUAAAACCGGGAGCUGCAGUAGUGGACAUGGGGACCAAUCAAGUUCAGGAUCCUGGCAUUGAUCGAGGUUUCCGCAUCACAGGAGACGUUUGCUAUGACGAAGCAAUCAAAGUUGUGUCGGCCAUUACUCCUGUGCCAGGAGGUGUCGGACCAGUGACAAACUCUAUGCUUCUGUCUAAUACUCUCGAUUCUGCUAAGCGUGCAUUCGGAUUCAUAUGAAAGCUGAGGUUGGUCCCCGGUGAGGCAAAGGUGCUCCAUUUGUCCUUGCCAAUCUCUAUAUGUCAAUGGCAAUCUUUGCAGAAUCUGGAGUUUUCUUCUCUGUAGUUCAAUAUUUCGCCAAUUAGAGUCUGGUUUCUUGGAUCACUUAAUCCCACACUUCCGUAUAAUGGCAAUGAAAAGAAAGGAGAUGAGUAUGGCAUGUGUCGCGAUCUCAAGAUGUAAAAUGGGUUUGCUUCAUCUAUACUAAAACCGGUUAACAAAUUGAUGCACCGAGUGAUAUGAUACACUUUUAGCGGAUCUUGAACUCGGGACAUCGAUUAGUAUGACAAUUUUGGUAAAGCUAUUCUUAGUAUACUUCGCAAUAUCGGCUUUUUCUUUUCUACUUUUCGGCGAACGCAGGCCUAUGGUUUUCG